AUGGUGAGAUCUCUCGGCGUCGUCGAGUAUGAAAGUGAGGUGGAACGCUUUCUAGAGGACCUACCUCCUUCCAGCAGAUACACUUAUAAAAGGAAAGCGCAACUCGACGAAAUCCUACAAACCGAAUAUCACCGCCUUGAAAGCUGUCGCGCUGAUGCCGAAACUUCCGAAUACUUUGUCUAUGUUGAUAUUAGUCCCUUCUCUUUCAAUCAAACAUUUUUGCUACCCGAUCCCAUCGCAGGUCUUCGCUUGUUUUACAACCCAGAACUCCAUAUCCUCAUCACCAGAAUGUCGACACUUGAACAGGUGCAGACUACCAGCGCAUUAUAUACUGCAGUCGCAGAAACUUUUCGACACAUGGGGCUGAAUCAUGCAACUCAAUGGUUUGGAGGAGUAAACGUUGACGUCGGCAACGGAAAGACGAAACAGCCCGAUGGAGGCUGGAGCCCAAUCCGCCCUCCUCCUGGUGGUGCCAGACGACCUGGAGUAGUCGUGGAGAUUGGACUUUCGGAGCCUGAAACAAAACUGCCUAAUGAUGCAAGAAUGUGGGUGGAUCCUGGCAAAGGUGAAGCUAAUAUGGCUAUCACUGUGAAAAUCAACCGACGCAAGCCCGAGCUGAAACUCCAUACAUGGGAGUGGAAUUUAAAUCUCCAAGGUUCUCAUGUCACACAGUCAACUGUUAUCACAAAGACUGGCGAUAAAGUCACCGUCUCCCAAACUCCACUUACAAUACCAUUCCACUAUAUCUUCCAACGCUCCCCUGAACACCUCAGAGAGACCGAUGUUCAACUAGAAAAGCAGCAACUCAUCGAUUGGGCAACUUCGGUAUGGGACGUUCAAGGGAUAUAA